ACAUACACACACACACCCCACCCCUCCUUCUGCCUUGCCCAGCUGGAGGAGUGGAGACUCAAACUCUUCCUCCCAUGCUCACUGACACACUGUCUCUCCCACACACACGCACAUUCUCCCUCGCACACUCUUACAGAGAGUCAGAAAGCGCAGGCACAGCCAGCAGGGACGAGAGAGAGCCACAGGAGCUGGAACGAGGAUCAGGAGAGACCCCGAGGCACCAUGACCUCCCUCUGGGGAGACCCUUCAGGCUCUAGCCUCAGUUCCCCAGGUGCUCCCCACCCAUGGCUGGACUACUGAACCUCCUACAGACCCCCCUCAUACCCCUCCUCUAGACCUGGACCAAAGCUGAACCGGAACGAGAAGAAGGCUUGGAAACGUUUAACUGCUAACGGCAAGCCAUCAUGAGGACACCUUGAGAACUUUUUGGGUUGUUUUUGGUUUUUCUUGUUGUCUACGUUUUUUUUUUUUCUUUGGGAGCUGGGAUUAUCUCUGUCAUCGUCAUGAGUUUGAAGAGGCGGAAGGCUGGCUUGGGGUUCACCUCCUGGCAGAGGUCGUUCUCCAUCCUGGCCCCGUGGAGGAAAGGUAAAGGGGACAUGGUACUGGACAGCGAGGUAGUCCUCACCAAAAUGAAGGUCUUCCAGAACUUCAGCGAGAAGAUUCUUGUUUCGGAAGAUUCCUUCUCCAACUCCUCCUGCUCUGUGUCCGUCUGCGAGCAAGAGGCCUCGGAGCCGAACAGAACCACAGAGGAGAACUCUCGCGCCAACGAAGGCCCUGGAUCACGUUCGGAGGAGACCGCUCCCAACUACCUGUGCGCCAUAUUCUCAGACUCCCAGCUGCCCCGGCUGUACAAGUUUGAGUCGGAGGACUCGGGAGUGGAGCUCCCCAGCGGCGCCAACUCCCCAUCCACGCCGACGGGCUCGGAGCAGAGCUUCGUGGUGCACAGCCGAGAGACUUCCUGCGACUCCUGCCACCUUAAAGCUUCAGCCCCAGUUUCCGAUGAGCGGGUAUCGUCGAGCACAACGGCUGAGUCAGAGGAGAAACAAACCAAGGACGCUGAUGGAAAGGACGUUUGCGAGGAUGUUGGUGACACCGUUGGUGACGACGUUGUUGACGACAUUGUUGACGACGUUGUCGACGACGUUGUUGACGACGUUGUCGACGACGUUAGCAGCAAUGUUGGCGAUGACGUUGUUGACAAUGUUGGCAGCAACGAUGGCGACGGCAUUGAGGACAAUGGCCAUGACGUUGAGGACAUUGGCGGUGUCCUUGAGGACACCCUCCUCCAAUCAACAAUGACGGAGGAGGGAGUUAGUUUUUCCAUGGAGCUGACGGACAUGACUGUAAUGGAGGACCCGUUGGAGGCCUGUUAUGUAGAUGUUCUUGAAAGAUCUCCAGAUUCCGUGGCUCAGGUUGUGACUUCUGAACCUCAAGUGGCGGUUGAGGAGGAGGAGGAGGAGGAGGAGGAGGGGCCAAGGGAACAGCCCAAUACGGAGAUCCAAGAAGGCAAGGAGGAGGAAGAUGUGUUCCUUCCGUCGACAUCAGCCCUGAGGAAGAGCAGUACGAGUGACAGCCUUGAGGACUACAUGGAUGAGUGCUGCCGACUCAGCGAGGUCCAGCAGGCUGGCUCUAACACCCCUCUAGGCUCGGGCCUGGGCUACCUGGAGCACAUCUGCCGGCUGAUCGAGAAGAUCGGUCAUCUCCAGGAGACCAACCUCCGGCUGCAGAAGCAGAUCUGUGGAGUUCAGAAGACCAGCCGGGCUGCCAAGACCAGAGAGGAGUUCUUCCAGCACCACUGUACUUGUGGAGCUGCCGGGCUGGCCCAUCAGGAACCACCUAAAAGACUCCAGAGGAACGACUUCCUGUCACUGAGCGGAACCUUGUCGGACCUGUCAACUAUCCACGAGGUCACCCGCCGGCCCCCGCUCUCGGACGGAAAUGGCAGGGCCCUUGGCCCCGUGCCCCUAUGGAGGCGGGGCCAAAACCGCAGGAGCUACACCGAGGGAGAGACCCGCUUCCUCUGUGACCCAGGGGCAGAGGGAGGACCCCCUGUCCCCCAGAGACGGCUGAGUGAGAACUACACAUGGGGACGAGUCAAAGACCUUGUGAGGAGAGCCAAGCUCAGGAACUCCAGCAGCAGCCGACUGGGACUGUCACCGACGUCACUGAAGAUGUCCUGCCCCCAGCUGUACAGGCCUGAUCUGGGGCCGGUGGACCUUCCCAGGAGCAGGAACCGGAACUCCAUGAUCACCCUGGGUCACCAGGACCAACUGGACCUUAGCUGGCUUCAGUAGGGAUGACAGAGAUAUGAUCCAGAUGGCCGCUCGUGGGAAGAGUCUGCCCCGAUGACAAUGAUGAAGAGGAGGAUGAGGAGGGACAUGGAGACGUUGAACACAAGAGAGAUUUCAAGAAAUGAAGAAAUGAAAAUGAAGAGGUGGAACUGAACAUUUCAGGAAUGAAAAAAAAAAAGAAUUACUUAAAUAAAAGGCAGCACUCAUAAAACAUUGAAUCGGGGUAAUCUUGCACGCAAAAAUGGGGGUGAUUUCUAGAUUUAUCCAAAUAUAUUCAGGCUACGAUGGGACAAGGAAAAUAAUUUGCUUUGAUUUGGAACUUUCAGUAUACUUCUGUAUAAUCCUCCUAUUCGAUCUCUGUUGAACUGAAGUAACAGAGGUGCAAGUUUAUGUCAAAAAAACAACAACGCUUCAAUACAAUGUUCAUCUGCAUGGCGGCCAUUUAGGCUUACAAGCUGAUCAUAAGAGAGGAAAGAGAAACUCCACUGUUAAAAUGAAAUCUGAAUUCUCAGCAGUGUGCAAAAUCUAACAGUCUAUACAGAUUAUCCAUCCAAUGUGAAACAUACAAAGCCUUUUACUAGCUGCUUUUCAUCUGUUUUCAUCCUGUUAAUGUGUACAUAAUGGCUGUACAGUGUAUGUGUGUGCGUUUGUGUGCACACGGGAGAGUGUAAGUGGAGCGUCUGCGUGCAGUUUAAAAUAAUAAGGGCUGGUGAAUUCUGCUGUCAGUAUAAUAAUGAUAUUAUUAUUUAGCUUGUUAUUAGCUUCAUAUAUAUAUAUAUAUAUAUAUAUAUAUACAUAUAUAUUGUAUAUAUAGAUACAAGACCGGUGAGAUAAGCACCUCUCCUUCUCCCUAUUCUCCAAGGUCAUGUGAUCUUUCACUGUGUGAUGUCACUGACAAUCUCGGGCAUCCAAUGAGGAGCAAUGGCCAUGUUAUAAUUAGAGUUACUCAACCAAUAAAAUGCCACUCUUGUUUUUUUUUGUUUUUUUUCAUUGUAUUCAUUUAUGUACGAAGGUAAAGUAAAUGUUUUCCUGUGUGAUACAGUGGCUGUAUUUAGCGAUCUAUUUAUUUGACAACAGUGUCUGAUAAACACACAUCUCAGUGCGUAGGGAACGACGAGAGAGAGAGCAAAUAUAACUUUGCUGGUAAUACUCAAGAAAUACUAUUGUAUUUGCAUUAUUUGAAUAAGAGCAUCGAUAAGGUGUUGUAUUUGUACUUAAAGGGAAUAAUAUUUGUAUACUUUAAGUGGUGUAUUUGGUUUUGCGUUUAAUAGUCAACUAAAAGUAGAAAGGUUACGUGUGGAUAUUUUUAACUAUUUGUGAGAUACAGUGAUGUGGGGGAGUAAAUGUUUGACACAAGAUACUGGGCCUAUAUGUCUAUGUAUUGUAUAUAUUGGUUGGUUUCUUUGAAUCAUUUAUCAAAUUAUUUUUCAAAAUAAAGUUCAAGU